AUGACAGCCAAAGUAUUUGCAUAUACAGAGUCAAUUGAUGUUGCAAAUGCCGUAGGCCAAUACAUCCUAAAACAACAAGAUAAAGCCUUCAACAAUGGUGAAGAUAAAUUCAAAAUAGCAAUGUCCGGAGGUUCAUUAGGAAAAGUUUUGAAAAAAUCAUUAAUUGAAAAUAGCGAAAUUGCACCGAAAAUUAAAUGGGAUAAAUGGGAGGUAUAUUUUAGUGAUGAAAGAAUAGUACCGUUAGAUCAUGAAGAUUCCAAUUAUGGUUUGUUUAACGAGAUGGUCUUGAAAAAUUUACCAUCCUCCACCCCAAAACCAAAAGUUUUCACAAUUGAUGAAAAAUUAGUAACUGGCAAAGACGGACAAGUUGAAGGUGCUGAUAUUCAAAAGGAUAAAGAUAUUGCAAAACAAUAUGAGAAUGUUUUACCUAAACAAUUUGACGUGAUAUUGUUAGGUUGUGGACCAGACGGCCAUACUUGUUCAUUAUUCCCAGAUCAUCAUUUAUUAAAUGAAAGAACAGAAUUAGUUUCAUACAUUAAUGAUUCACCAAAGCCACCACCAAGAAGAAUCACAAUUACUUUCCCCGUAUUAGAAAAUGCUAAAUCAAUUGCUUUCGUAGCUGAAGGAUCGGGGAAAGCACCAAUAUUAAAACAAAUUUUCAACGAUCCAAAUUCAAGAUUACCUUCAAAAUUAGUAAAUGAAAUUAAAAGUGGUGUUGAAAUCAAUUGGUUUGUUGAUUCGUCUGCUGUUGAUGGUGUUGAUGGAAUUGAUGUUUUAAAUAGUAAAAUUUAG